AAUAGCCUAUCGCAGUUUGAGACACUCACUUAACAGUCACACACACUCUCGCUGAACCCAAAAAAAGCACACUCCUCAACUCCACCGGUUGGGUUGGGUGGGGUGGUGGGGGGGGGAACAUAAGAUACCAGAUGAGAUUUGUUUCCAAACGCGCACCGAUGGCGGUGUGAGGCGUUUGGCUGGAGAAGUACGCACGGCGGCUGUGGAUUUGUGAACAUAUUUUUUGUUUUGUAUUUUUUUCCUGUUUUUUAUUUGUGCAUCUUCCUCUCCCUCUCUCUGGAUCCUGGUUUUUUUUAAAGGGGAAAAUAACAUGGAUUACUCAUUCUCUCUACUCUUACUCUUGACAACCGUUUCGUCUGUGUCGACUGGACAAUUCCCAUCAGCGCAGAUGGUAAAGGAAUGGGUGGACCUGAUGCAGAAAGAUCUGAUCACACUCACGGACUCAUCCAGCGGCAUUGAAACUCUGAAGAAGAUAUACAGAAAACACAGAACUCACUUCAGCGUGGAGACCAAUAAUGCGAGAGAACUGGUGGCAACGGCAGCAGGGAACAUAGAGAAACUGCUAAAUAAUCGUUCCCAAGCCCUGAAGAGGCUGGCAACAGAAGCAGAAAAGUUUCAAAUGGAACACGAGUGGAGGGAAUACACCGAGGUGAGUCAGCGGCUGCUCCGAGUGGAUGACAAGAUUAUUUACUACAAUGCCAAAGAUGGCGUCUAUAAGACGAGCAAAACUGGAUUCAUUCCAGAUGAUUUCAGUGUAGACCCCGACUUCAAACGGAACGUCUCCUACAACACCACCGCCGUCCACAUCCCCACUGACAUAUACAACGGCUCUACCAUCAUUUUGAACGAGCUAAAUUGGACAGAAGCCUUGGAGGAUGUUUUCCGAAAAAACAAAGAGGAAGAUCCCUCACUCCUCUGGCAGGUGUUUGGCUCUGCCACCGGAUUGGCUCGGUACUACCCAGCAUCCCCUUGGACCGUCACGAGCGACAUACCCGACAAGAUUGAUCUCUACGACGUGCGCAGACGGCCGUGGUACAUUCAGGGGGCGGCGUCACCCAAGGACAUGCUGAUUCUAGUGGAUGCGAGUGGGAGUGUAUCAGGGCUCAACCUCAAACUCAUCAAAUCAUCCGUCAACAAUAUGCUGGAGACCCUCUCCGAUGACGACUACGUGAACGUGGUCUAUUUCAACGAAACGGCCUCGAACGCAGCGUGCUUUCAGAACCUGGUGCAGGCCAACGUGAGGAACAAGAAGAUUCUGAAAGAAGGGGUGCGGAACAUCGUUGCAAAGGGUAUCACCAACUACAAAGGUGGAUUCGAGCUCGCCUUUGAGCAGCUCGCACAGGUGAAUGUGUCCAGGGCCAACUGUAACAAGAUUAUAAUGCUCUUUACUGACGGAGGAGAGGAGAGGGCAGAGGAGAUCUUUCAGAAAUACAACCCGAAGCAGGCGGUUCGCAUCUUUACAUUUUCAGUGGGUCAGCACAACUAUGACAAAGGACCAAUACAGUGGAUGGCCUGCACUAAUAAAGGUUAUUACUAUGAGAUCCCAUCAAUAGGUGCCAGCAGGAUAAACACUCAGGAGUACCUGGAUGUUCUGGGCAGACCUAUGGUUAAAGCUGACAGAAAGGCCAAGCAGGUUCAGUGGACCAACGUCUACCUGGACGCUCUGGAGCUCGGCCUGGUGAUCACUGGAACGCUGCCUGUCUUCAACAAGACCAACACAGGCUCAAAGAAGUCUCAAAACCAGCUCAUCUUGGGUGUUAUGGCCAUUGAUGUUUCCCUGGAUGAUAUCAAAAGACUGACGCCUCGCUUUACUUUUGGACCAAAUGGUUACUACUUUGCCAUCGAUCCCAACGGAUAUGUCUUGCUCCACCCCAAUCUACAGCCACUGAUUGCCAAGUUUGACGAGCCUGUAACACUGGACUUCCUGGAUGCGGAGCUUGAGAACGAGAUCAAAGUGGAGAUAAGAAAAAAAAUGAUCAACGCCGAAACAGGGAAUUACACUAUAUCGACACUGGUUAAAUCUCAAGAUGAGCGCUACAUCGACCAAGGUCUGAGGACGUACACCUUUGCACCAGUGAAGGGGACCGACUACAGCCUGGCCCUGGUGCUUCCUGAGUACAGUAUGCAUUACAUCCGUGCCACAAUCGGCGACACAAUCACCCAGGCAAAAUCAUUUUUGGGCAAGUCAGUUUCUGAAAGCCUGAUGGCAGACAAGUUUGACGAAUACGGCUACACGUUCAUUGCACCGAGGAUGUACUGUAAGGACUUGAAGCCGCCUGACAAGAACAUGAACAACACCGAGUUCCUCAUGGAGUUUAACAACUACAUCGACACCAAGACUCCAAACAACCCCAUGUGUAAUGUGGAGCUGGUGAACCGGUUGCUCCUGGACGCUGGCAUCACCUCGGAUCUCAUCAAGAUUUGGAAAGGAAACGACUUGCAGCUUGGUGUCCUGGCCAGAUAUGUUGCCACUGACGGAGGGAUUACGCGGGUCUUCCCCAAAAGUGCUGGGUUUGAAUGGGAAGAAGAAGCAGAGACGUAUGAGUCCAGUUCCUAUAAGCGCAGUUUGGACAAUGAUCUGUACAUCUUUACUCCAUCACCUAACAGUACCACAAGUGACUACUCAGUCCUGGUGAGCAAAGCAGUAAACCUCAAGAUUGGUGAGAUCAUACUUAAACCAGCUGUGGUCGGCGUGAAGCUGGACAUCAGUGCGUGGAUGACGAGCUUCAUCAACACAACGUACAGGGCAAAUUGCAACGAUGAGAUCUGCGGCUGUCAGAGGAACGAUGCGUACGUAGACUGUGUCAUUCUGGAUGACGGCGGCUUCCUGGUGAUGUCCAAUCAAGAGGAAUAUUUAAAAAAGAUCGGGCAUUUCUUCGGCGUAAUCGAUCCCGUCCUCAUGAAAGACAUGGUCAACUCGUCCCUGUACACCUCUAAGAGCACCUACGACUACCAGUCGCUCUGUGACCCAGAGGAAAAAAGCAAGGCGGCUGCAGGCCUGCGAUCCGUCUACGUGCCCACAAUAGCAGAUAUUUUGAAUCUAGGAUGGUGGGCGACAGCUGCAGCCUGGUCAAUACUGCAACAGUUGCUGGUCAGCAUCACGUUCCCCAAUUUCCUGGAUGCAGCUGAACUGGACGACGAAAUAUCAGAUGCCAUGAGGAAGGAGGGCUGCAUCACGCAGCAGACUCAAUACUUCUUUGAGACGGACAACUUGUCUUUUAGAGGCUCGGUCGACUGUUUCAACUGCUCCAGGCUCUACCAUGCUGAAAAGCUGCCCAAGACAAACCUGGUCUUUAUCAUCGCUGAUGCAAAAGGCACCUGCGAAUCAUGUGACACGAAGCGGUUAGUGCAGGACGAACACAAAUCUGAUGGGCCUGAUCCCUGCAAAGUGGCUCUCAGUCCUCGCUACAGGAAAGGGCCUGCAGUUUGUUUCGACAACAAUGAACACGAGGAGGACCCUGACUGUGGCGGGGUGUCCGGCCUGAGUCCCUCUCUGUGGCUCACGGUUGCCCUCCAGCUGUUGCUGCUCUGGGUUGUGACUGACUCCAGACACCACGCCAUCCCAUCAUGACCUCUGAACAAAGCCCCAAUCGCACCCUCUAUCUCCCUUUCUCCGUACCUCCAACAUGGCAACCAGCAUGCAGCGCUGCCACUGACAUGAGGAACGCCCGACGAGAAGCGCUUGUAACAAACUUUAAAAAAAAAAAAAAAAAAAAAAAACCUGUGAGCCCCACAUUCUGCCAGUUUUCUUCCUUUGACGCCUUUAUUUUCAGGGGUUUCUCAAAGUGAUUUCACAAGGGUACAAGUGACGAAAGAAAUGUAUAUCAGAGGAUAAUGAUUUGAAUGAUAAGAAAAGACCUCGACCUAUCCCUUUCAGUGGUCCCCGCCAGCUGAGAUUAGAGGAAUCCAGAGAUUCGUUUUGAUUGGCGACUUCUGAACUUUUAUCUGGCUGGAUGUCAAUGAUGGGAGAGAUUGGACUGCCUUAUAGUAUCAGAGGAAUUUAAAUCACGAUGGGGGGCGGCGGGGGGGGACUUGCUGUUUAUUCACGAUGUUGAGCAGUUUUAUUCACCACUGCUAGAAACAGCACCGCCCUUUGCAGAGACUUUACUUUGAAUCGAUUUGCAGUGGUUAGUUAUUAGGCAUUUAUUGUUUGUUUUUCUGAUUGAGGAUUUGGCAAAGAUUUCAGUAAGAGACGCCAAAUUGUUACAUCACAAGCUCUUGCCCUUCGUCCGCCUCAGCUGGGUUGCUGAUAAUAAUGUUGUCUCAGUCUGAUUUUUCUUUUUUUUUUUCAAUAACACCACCCAGAACAUUUUCACAGUGUCUCUGAGGGGUGUCGUCUUCACUUCGCUCCGCCGUGCUUUCGUGUAGAUACCGUAUUUGCAGUGUGGAAAUCAUGUUCAUUGUUAUGUUUAUGCACAAAAGCCAACCCUUCUACUGCCACAGAGCACUUGUUCCUGAGUGUACGGAUUUUAACUUUGCAGCUGAUCAUCUUACUAUCAGCCCCGAUCGGAAGUGGUAAAUGUGUCUGGAUUUUCAGGCCCUGAUGUCGGAUUGCUCCGAGGAAAACUUUGUUGCCAUAGCGCGCAUUGACCAAUCAGGAUGAGCGCGGCUGGUGUUCCUGUGCGUGCUCAUUGGACAAAAUCUCUAGUGCCAUGUGGACUGCGUGACUCAGACGAACCCUUUUUAGACUGCGGCUGCCGAAUGGAAAGAAAUGUAGUAUUUAAUUAUUUUACUAUUUACUGGUUGUUUGAACUAAGUGUCAGGACCGCGUUUUACUGUUUGUUUUAUCGCCACCAUGAAAGAAUCUGAACAAGGGUUGGAGGAGAAUUUGUACUCGACGAGUUGGUCUAAAAAAAAAAAAAAGGGAAAACGGUACAUGUGUAUUCACUGCUGUCACUUUUUAAAUUAAAUGACUACUAUCUGCACUGCAAUUCAAAGUGCAGCUGUUAUUUGUCUUUACAGUCUGGUCUCCUCGCUGAAGAACUGAAUGAAUUUGCAGUUUGUUCUACUGUGAUAUCACCGAGUGUAAACCACUACAGAGCAGCGGUCGGUCCAGGCUUACCAUCCUUUUGACUCCCGUAUUUCCUAUUCUUGCAAUAUAAGUUUCAUUUUGUGUGCCUUCUUCUCACAUUAGUUACAAAACCUACCUAAAGUCAUGAAGAAAAUGUGCUGAUUCUACUGUAAAUGGUUUUAAUGGAAUAGUGUCAGCGACAUAGAUUUGCUUCUUUUUUUUUUAAAUAUAUACACUUAUCAGUCAAACCACUGCUUCAAAGCUAAAGAAAUCUGCCAAAAUAAUACAAAAUAAUUUUCACAGGACCAAAACUGGACUCUUAAAGCAGCUAAAAGUUGGAAGAAAUCAAACCACUUAAUGGAUUUCAGGAUGUUCUUAAGAUGCAACAUGUGGGAACCGACUUCCUGAGUUUAUGUAUUUACAAAGUCUUGAGGAUUAGUACAAUAUAAAGGCUGAAAACGUGGCUGUGAUUAUUUGAAAGUUUCAUUUUUACUUCAAACCAGCUGCACUUGAUGCAGUUUCAUCAUUAUUUCUGCUGUUCAGACCUGACCGUCACAAGUUAAAAUCAUUCACCCAGUCUAUAUUCUACGUGUGAAACCUCAUCAGUUCACUCAGAAGGCAGAGAUGCGCCAGAGCCGCAAUCAUUGUGUGACUUGAUAUCUUUCGGGAUGAACGCCACGGUUUUAUCGCCUAAUUACACCUCCCCAGAAACCACCAAAAUAUCUUUCCAGUGUACGGUUACACUCGAAUAUGUUGCUACAUGUUGAGCAUUGGCGUCAAAUGUUACAUUUCAUUUGAACAUUCAACACUUAUCUGUGUUUGGCAUUCAACACAUCAACAGGGGAUGAAAUCUGAGGACGCUAGUUGCACCACUAAAACAAAACCAGGGAGGGCAAGUUUGUAAUCUAUAAACACUCACGGAUGUUUGCAGGAAGUUACUUAAUACUGUGGGGAAGUGAAAACCACAUAAUGAAGCUAUGUGCAUCACGUUACCACUAACAUUUGCUUCACCCCCCCUCAGACUUCUGGUUUUCGCUAAAUAAUCACAUUACGCUAAAUAAUGUCCGUUUUUAUAUAAUAAGCAUUCUUCCGUGUCAAAUCGAGGUAUUCUAGCUGCAGGCAUCUUUUGUGGCAACGCUUCACCGCCAUCAUUAAAUCGUCAUCAGUAAUUUUCCGACUAGUCUAAGGUGCACACUUUACUCCCUCUAUCUUUAACUAUAACCGUUCAACAAAAACAAUGUGGUGAAACUAACAUAGUAUUUAUGCUCCUCUUUUACUAACUCUCAAGAAUAUCAAGUGCCAUACACAUUAGGACUCUUAUUCUCUUGUGGAGAAACCUAUUAUCGUAAUAUCACAUUUAUGCAAUGUUACCAAGGCAAGAUGUAAGUCUCAUAAAUUGUUUCCCUGUGCUGCAUGGUAAUGGCUGAUAAUCUUUCUUAACAAAACUAUCCGGUGUGCUCCUGCUUUAGUGUGUAAUGUUGGGAAGCAUAAUCUCCUGAGUGUCUGGCAUUUGUUCGUGAUAAUAAUAAGGUAUGAUCAGCUAAUACUGCCGUUCUCUUGGGGAGACAGCAUUUGGCUCUGCCCUGAGUCGGCUCGGGAAAGCGAACCUGAUUGGCCAGCGUGAUGUUUGAAAGCGCUCCUGUCUAACUGACGGGUUCAAGCCAUGUGUGAAUCACUCCAAUUUAAAGGACCAUACCAGUGAUUUAGCUCAUUUACUGAAAAUCACGAACCCUUUACAUUACUGCCAACUAUUUUGCAAACCAUGCUGUAGUGUAGAGACCACCACAGAAACAGAAACAUUGGAUGGUUUGCCAUUUCACCUCAAACAGAAAUUGAUGGAACCCUGAAGAUGGACCCUAAUUACUUUGUUGUUCCCUUAACAUUUUAAUGUCAAUUAAUUCCUUGAUUGGGAUGUGAAUCCUUAUUACUUUAUUGUUUCCUUGACUUGAUUAGCACCAUGAUUAGGUUGUGAGUUUUCGUCAUGUAUACAAAGAUGGACAAACCCUCCAUGACAUCCAUAUUUUUCCGAAAAAGUGUUUCUUUCUCUUACUUAGCUUGUUUUGUUACGAUGGGAUUGACCUUGGCAUAAUCAACGACAGAAGCUCCCAAGACAACACUUCUGUCUUUAACAGACAAGUUAAGCCAUGUUUAGGAGCCUCCUCAAUCAUUUUCACUUCCUUCCCAAUAGGAAGUUCCCUGAGUACAUCCAGGUUAGCUUGGUUAGCUGCUCAGUUUUUUAGGCUUGACAUAGAGUAGUACCUUACAGAAAGCAGUUGUGGCUGCAGUCUGGAUUGUGGUACUUCUACAUAGUAGUAGUUAGACAAUUUGUUCUGAACCGUUCCUUCAGCUAUCCAGGUUUUUGUUAACUCGGUAGAUGAUGUUUGUGUAACUCAGGCUAACGCAUCAAGGCGAGCCUGGUUGGUGUUAAGCUAGCAUUAGCCUAUCAGCAGCCACUACUGAGGUCACAACUGACAUUUAUCAGUCGUGAGGAGGAAAUGAUGGAUGCCGAGUCCUCAGUCAUUUUCCCGAGUAGCUCCUCAACCGUGAUGAGAAAUAGUAGCGUAGCAAGGAGUUGGUAGGUGAUGGCAACUCUGACAUUCUUAACAUUAAUGACAUGGAGGAAAAGUAGCAUGACUCCACCUUCCUGGCCCACUCUGUUAUCAAAAACAAUCAGGGAUUACGUCAGGUAACCCAGCAUUUUUGACUCAGUGUGGUGACUCCUGCAGUCACUAUCUAGGCAUUGCCCGACUCUGCCUAGAUCCCAGCUAAUUGAAAAAUGAGCAAAGAGGUAGAGCGUGAUUGUAGCUAUGGCUGAACAUGCAACCAUAGACUGUAUAGCAGCUAUGCCCUUAAUUAGUUAUAAUUCUAAGCCUUUGUACAAUUACAAUGGAUGAGUCACAGAAAGAAAAUCCACCUUCUGGACUGUUUUCAUGAACAGGUAAAUUAACUAGAGACCAAAACAUUGGUUGUACCAGGCUGUAAGUAUGUUUAUUUCUGCUGUAAAUUGGGUCAUUUUAACAUGGGACUCUUUUUUUUUUUUUUUUAGCCAGCCUCAAGUGGCCAUUCGAGGAACUGCACUUUUUAGCACUUCCAUGAUUUUUUCAGCUCCCGAGGUUGCUGGUUGGAUUUCCUUUCCUCUCAGGAUGAAUUGAAAUAUCUUUUGUAAUUCUGUGAUUUUUCCUCUGGCACCAUUGUCAGGAAAAAUGCUACUUUUCCUAGUUAGCAAAUGCUACUUCCUAAAUUACAGCGGUGAUCAUAGCACCUGUAAACACACCUGUUAACAUCAGCGUACAAACCUGAAAUCUGACGGGUUUUUUUGUCAUAAUUGGUUAUUAUGAAGUUGUAUCACCACUAAGAUGGACUUAUUCUGUACUUAAUCAACAUUACCACACAGAAAAGUAGAUUCAUGUAGCCUUGAUGAAGUUCAUUCUGCAACUCAAGCAUAUUGGAGGACUCUUCUAAUUAAAUUUCAUAUUUAAGAAAAAUAAGUGGACACUAGCAACUUACUGAAACAGAAAAAAGUACCCCCAAGCAUCAAGUAAUUGGAAAAUGGUUGGCAGUGAUAGAAGUGUCCGUUAACUGUAGUUGUUAUGCUGUAACUGCUGGUAUGGUCAUUCAAGUCAUUUUGGGCAGAGGAGCACACUAUAAAGAAGAAAUGAGUGAAAACACAGACCCCCCUAAAACGCUCCAACUGGAUCCUUUUGGAAACGCACAGAAAAACACUGGAGAUUGAACUUGAGCGCCAUAGUUGUCCAGAUGUUCCAUUCUACUCUUUAAGUGCUAAAAUCAGAUGCUGUCACCUCAGGAAUAAUAUACUCUCGAUGUGAUAUGAAGUGUUUUUGAUUCUGUUGGUGCUCUCUGUAUGGAUCGUGUGGGUUGGCCUUUUUAUUUUCAGGAAUCUUGAGGACUGCUAAAUGUGUGUGUGCGUGUGUGUGUGUGUGUUGGGUUAUUUUUUUUGUGUCUCUGUUACCUUGCUGCCACUCUUUGGCAGGUGAUUGGCAAAGAGUCAAAUCUGGCUCUGCCUUUGGUUUUACGGCAGGCUUUUUGAUCGAGGCAUCCACCAAGUCACACCUCAGCGGACUCGGCUUUGGGGAGGGUCUUGGUGGGCCUCUCUGUCAGUCUCCCUCGAUUGUGCUUUAAUAUGUUACACUUUAGUGGAACUUGAUUCUCCAGAAUCAGUCAUGUAAAAAAUUGUACAAAACCAAUGUUGUUCUCAACAAAAACAAACAAAAAAAAGAACAAUGUUUAUAAUCCUGGGGAGGAAAAAGUGUUUAUUCAUGUGAAAAUAAGGUAUAUUCAGAAUAAAAGUUUAUGAUUACUAUA